CACUUUCCACACAUCGUACAGGUUCGCAGCGAAAGACAGAUAUUCUUUUUUCUCUCAUCCCUACUGUAACCCCGUACAUACACUCAUCCACAGGGGAUGUGCCACAGGAAAUAAGGCAACAUAUUCGCGCAAACUAAUCGAGGUAGCGAGGUAAUGUGUGCAUCGGCAGAGCUGUAAAGUGUAACAAACAGAUCGUGUGCUGCAUCGCAUUGGCGUAUUCGAGGGUGUGUGUAAAAAGUGUUUCGCCACGGGAAACCGACGAGUGCUGUGUGGUUCUAGGCCGACCCACUCUGGCCGAGGUGGUGGUGGCGCGGUGAUCGAUGCGAGUGAAAACGUCGCUUUUCACGGGAACACCGCAGCGCGUCCGCGUUUCGAUGUCAAAGUGUGUGUGUGUUUUCCUUUCCCCCUACUGGAAGCCUAACGCCGAGCUACGGCCGACCCGUCAAGAAGUGGCGCUGCCGCUGGCUUGUACCUGCGUGCGUGUGUAGCAGCAGCAGCAGCCGCCACCGCUUCCAGACAGCCAGAUUGUGCCAAUAUCGGUGAAAUUUAGUCGUGAAAACCCGAAUGCUGCGUGCAAGCAGCAAAUUUUCAAGCAAAACAAACGGACGGUAGAACGUUCAAAGUGAGCUUCUAACCCAGCGGCAACAACGGGGGUGGUUGGUUGUGUUAUUGCGUACCGAAAGAGACAUUCCCCGCUGCAACCCUUGCUGGCUGUGCGUUUAGAUACCUUUGACAGAAAAGUGCCCUCCCCCUUCUCUUGAAGCGCUUCACAACUCCCACACUUCCGUGAGCGUGUGGUAACGGAAAAGCUGGCUACCAAUACCCCUACCCUGCGAUGUCGGUGAAGAUCUCGUUCGAAAUCGGGCAUGUGGCCUCGGUCAAGAGCCGCCCGACGGCGGAAGGCUAUACGCACGACUGGGAGCUGUUCGUGCGCGGCCUGGACGGUACCGAUAUCAGCCACUUUGUCGACAAGGUGGUCUUCAAUCUGCACGAAUCCUUCCCCAAACCGAAACGAGUGUUUAAAGAACCGCCCUAUCUGGUGAAGGAAGCCGGGUACGCCGGUUUCAUACUGCCCGUUGAGAUUUAUUUCAAAAAUCGGGACGACCCCAAAAAGACCGUGUACAACUACGAUCUCGAUCUGACGCCGGCAAAAAAUCAGCGCGAAGAUUACGUGUUCCACAGCCCGUCGGAUGAGUUCCGGCGGAAGCUGCUGAAGGGUGGCGGUUCGAUCAUACCCGGGAGCGGCAACGCCGGCAACAGCGCCAGCAACGAGUACAAAAGCAGUCGCGGUGGGCAUGGCGGCGGCGGUGGCGGCGGGACCGAGCGCUCUUCCGGUGGCAGCUCCUCCCAGGACAAGAAAUCCAAAUCGAAAUCGUCCUCCUCGGUGGACGAUACGAAGGGACAGUUUGCGGAGCUGUUCGGUUCACCGUUUCCGCACAAAUCGAGCGGUGGCAGCGGUGGUGGUGGUGGUGGUGGUGGCGGCAGCAAGGUAUCGCCGGACCCGAAACUGUCCUCCACCAGCAAGACGUCACCGGCGGGCGGGUCCGGCAGUGGCAAAGCACAGUCGGGCCAGAAAUCAUCGUCCGAUUCGUCGCGAGCGACCCUUCCCGGCUCUUCCAACUCGUCGUCGCUGUCGUCGGCAAACGUCACGUCGAAGGAGAAGGACAAAUCCUCCACCUCCUCCUCGUCGUCCUCCUCCAAGCACAAACACUCGAGCCCGAACAAGGAGGGCAAAAAGUCGUCCAACUCAUCGUCCUCUGCCUCAAUGUCUGGCACGAGCGGGCUGGCGGAGGAAAAGCACAGCAAAGAUAAGAAGGACAAAAGUCACUCGAAAGAGCGCGACAAAGGUAGCAGGGAUAAGGGUGCAGCGAACAGCGGCAGCUCUAGCGCUGGCAGUGGAGUUCCGAACAGCAGCAGCUCGCAAUCCCUGCCCGGCGGGUCCUCCUCGAUGAAGCGGCCGGUCCCGGCCAGCCCCAAGCGAUCGAGCACAAGCAGCACGAAUAGCAAUAAUAGUGUAAGCAACAGCAGUAGCAAUCCUACAGUUCCUAACAGCGGCAGCGGUGCUCCGAGCGGCGGCCAGUCCGGGGCUAAAAGCUCGGACAGCAAGCGGAGCAGCACAACCAACGAGAAGGAGAAGAAGAGUAGCAAAAAGGAGAAGAAAAGCUACGAGAAGGAUAAGGAGCGGACGGACUCCUCUUCCUCCUCGAACCAGCAGCGAAAGGGCGAACGAAACGCGGAACCGCCGCCGAAGCAGCCCGCCAACAGCGGUGCGUACGGUUCUGGACCAACCGCCGCCGGUUUGUCGAAAGGGGAAGGCCCUCAGCCGGGAAACACCGGGAAAUCUUCUUCGUCUGGCGGAGGUAGCAAGGGCAGCUCUGCCAGCGCGCCAACCGCGGCUGACACGGGCAAAGAAGGAGGAAAGGUAUCAGUGACGUCUUCUUCGAAUCGAGACUCGUCGAACGCAAAUUCCUCCGCCACCGGUGCCGGCUACACGAAGGACAAAAAACAGCACCAAAAUGCGAAUGAUUCGAAUGCGGUCCCGAAGCCGGACCCGGCGGUGGUGCAGUCGGCAAAGGUGCCCGAAAAGAAUGACAAGGACCGGGAGAAGGACGACGCGCGAAAGCACAAGCAUAAGAAAAAGGACAAAACGAAAGACAAGGAAAAGGAUCGAUCGGCUACCGGGAAGGACAAGAAGGACCGGAAAGACAAGGACAAACCAACGGGCGGUGAGGGGCCGGCCCCGACAAAGGCCAGCUACUCGACACCGACGCGCGAGCUUGCGGAAAGCAGUGGACCGGGCAAGACAAAAUCGCACGCAAACGCCGCCGCCAGUGACUCGACCUCCAGCAAACCGACCGGGCACGAUCGGGAGAAGGCCACCUCGGGCAAUCUUUUCUCGAGCUCAUCGGCAACGCGCCACGGUGGUGCGCCACAGCCGUCGUCCAAGUCGAGCACACCGGUGGUGGAAGCUCCCGGUGGACAGGGCAGUGGCGGCGAGGAGAACUCGAACGAUUCGGAUGCUCGUACCGGUGGUGGGGGUGGCGAAAACAGUCGUGCACCCUCGACGCUGCCGCCGAACGAGAAGGACUCGGAAGCGUCCAACAGCAGUAUCGCCGACCUGCUACCGGCUGGCGGCAGCACCUCGUCCGGCCACGUGCAAAGGCCCCCGUCGGCGACAUCGUCCGGUACGACCGGAUCGAACAGCCGGACGGCCGAUACGAGCGAAAAGUAUCACCACCACAAGAGCAAAAAGGACAAAUCCUCCAAGGGACAGGGGGCGACAGCUGCAACGCCGCCGGUAGAGGCGAAGGAAAGUUCCAGCGCGAGCGAGCCGGUGAAGAAGCGGAAGCGCAAGAACAAAGACACCGACGCGGAAAAGGUUCAGAAGGAUGCACCGGCGGCAGCAGCAGCAGCAGCAGCAGAGCCUACUACGACUGCAUCGUCCCGAGAGCGGCGCAGCCUUUCGCCUCCUUCUCCGCCCGCAUCCUCCAACAGCCUAAUGGAGCCGCCGACAAAGAUACCAAAGAAGGAGGAACACCAUGCCGCGGCAGGCGGCGGCAAAGCGUCGUCGGGCCAGGAUCCGCUCGACCAUUCACUGAACAAUAACAACAAUAACAACAACAACUUCAAGCAAUCGAUAGGCGGCGGCGGGGGUGGUGCCGGCCCGGCUGCACCCGAGGACAACGGUACCAGCUCGUUCGGUGGUACCGCCGCGUCCAGCAAUCACGGGGGCAGUGGCUCUGCCGGUGGUGGUGGUGGUGGUACGGGCUCGAGCAACGUCUCGCUUACAGGGGACUAUAUGCUCGAGCUGAAGGACCUGCAGCACAAAAUUAUGACGCUGCAGGACAACACGGAACUGCAGCGGGUGGUGGAGAUGAUCGCGGCAACCGGAUGUUACGAGAUUACGAGUGCCACGUUUGAUUUCGAUCUGUGCGCGUUGGACGUUAUGACGGUGCGAAGGUUGCAGGACUUUUUCGCCACCUCCUGACAGUAGUAGACGCGAAGGCGGGAUGGAGCGCCGUGAAGACAAGGAGCAAGGUAUGCAGUGUGCUGUUGGAAUACGUGAGUGAGUGUGUGUAUGUCUCUGUGUACCGUACCAUUAUGAGCUUGUUCGAACAUUGCGGGAAAGGAAACACAAUGCUUAAAACACUCACCCGUUUCCAGUACUACCUGGGUCGCAGGCGGCUUCGCAGCUAAGGGGCAGCGCGUGGGGAGCGUGUAAUAGAAGGAUUGUAGGUAGAUAAAUAUGUUUCCAUAAUACGAACAAUUUGAACGUGUACACAACCCCGUUCCGUUGCGGUUGGACGAUUUCGCUAGGUUACGUUUACCGUUUUUCGCUAGGUUAAGUGACCCUUAUCGAUCGGACUGAGGAGUGCUGAAAACUGUACGUAGAAGAUUGCACUUAAUAUGGCUAGAUUUUAAGGAAACAAAGCGGCAAACCAGACACAUUACUUUACGCCAGAUAAAGUGUGUCCCUUAGGAUAAGUGAGCUAAUGCGUACACAUGAUUUCAUAGCUGUAUCCGUACGUGCAUUAGAUGCACCAAGCACUGAAUGCAUUCGCUUCUUCAGCUACCCGCUUUUCUUGUCCCGAUAUAAGUUGAAACAAAAAAAAAGAGGUGGAACCAAUCAUGAGUAAUGGCAGAGAAAGCGCAAAAGUAGUAUCAGGAUUAUUUAGAAUGCAACAAAGAGCGUGCAAUGCAGUAAGAGAGAAAGUGUAAGGCAAGGGUAAGCGCACAUGUUUCAAGCGUUGAACUGAUUUUUUUAAUAGCUUCCCAGCUGCGUAUGUUUGUGGAAAGAAUGCGUAUAAAGUACAAAAAAGUAAUGGUCGGUGAAGGAAAGCCAGCGAUAGUCGCACCAGUAACCAGUCCACGUUUUGCAUGCGCCUUCUUCAAAGGAACCCAAUGGCCCAUCUCUCAAACGGCCAGUUCUGCGGGGGCAUUUCAUCAUGUAGCACGAUCCUAUUAGCCGUUAGCUGUUUACAUUUCGUGAGUUGUUUUAAACUCCUUACUUUUCGUGGGCCUUCUACAUUUAAUCUCAUGGGCAGUUUUUACGACCUACAAACGACUAUUUUCAUUACUACAUUAAACGUAAGAGAUUUGUUCAGGCAUAUCUGUUGGAGCAAAAACAAACAAAAGAGCAACUAAUAGAUCAACUUCCUGAUUGUUCCUCGGUUCACAUGUCUAAGGGCUAAGGGAAAAUCGCUCAAUUUGAGCAAAGUACUGUGCAGUGGGAGUUCCGCUCCUUAUUAUUAUAUGGCCAGAAUAGCUUAGAGAUGGAUGCGACAGGGUGUGUGUUCUUAUGUGCAAAAGUGUU